GCAGGGGGUUGAGUUGACUACACUACUUGAGAGGGCAGAGUCCACUUAUCUCCUUUCUCUACUUAACUACUAGCGGAGGUUUGGGCUUCUUCAACACAAGAAACAACAUCUUCCUGCUUCAUAUUGCAUGGGAGUUCUAAUGAAGUUAUUGGCAGGAAAACACAACAAAUCAUAUUGGGAGUCUGAUGGAGGGUGGUUUGUCAUCCUACACCGAGUCACUUGGCUUUCCCCCAUUGUUCAGAAAGCAGAGGAUUUUGAAGUUAGACAGAAUAAGAGAUUUUGUCAGCUUGUGGCUGAGUUACCCUAUGAGAUCAGUGCAUGAUAGCAAACUUCAGACUUGGAUUCAUCGACUUUCAAAUGCUAAUGGUUCAGUAGAAGAAAAGUAUAGUCUAAUCCGGGAGGACCCGCUUCAUUAUUUGGAAGGACUUGCACCAAUCGAAAUGAUGAUGGAUAAUGAGAUAGAAGCUGGAACGAUACCAGAUGCUAUGCUCAGUUUAGCCAUUGAUCUUGCUGUUGAUCAACUAGUUCAAACCUUACUUUCUGGGGAUGAACAUGUACGCAACAUUCACCAUGUCAUGAUCUCUACCAGAAAUAAUGCUGAACAAAGAGAAAUAUUCCAAAAAAUGAAAGCAGUUUUCAAUGAUAUGGAGAAUAUGCAUCGUUUUAAUGAAAUCUUUCACAGAGUCUUGUGGGUUGAUGCGUCGAUGUAUCCAAGCCAAGUUAAAGUAGAGGUACUCGUUGAACAACAAAUUCGUCUGCAGCUUCAGCUUCAGAAGUUUAGUCUGGGUAAUCUCCAAAAGAUGAUCAACAAGAAAUGUUUAGUGCUUCUGUUGGAUCAUGCUGAGAAAACUUUAGAUCUGAGGAAAGUGAACUUGCCUGCAUGUUUAAAUGAGGCAGUGACGGUGUUCGUUACCAUUAAAACUCAAAAGCAAGCAAAUGAUGAAAAGACAAUGGCAAUGAAUUUAACAAUCAAUACAGAAGAUCAUUUGUUGCCAUGGAAAGUAUUUGUCAGAAUGUAGACAAUAUAAUUGUUUUUAGAUCUAGUGCCAUCCAAAAAAUUGCUGUGCGUAUAGUUCAAGAAUGUGGUGGCCAUCUUUUGGCUAUUGUCCUUGUGGCAAAGUCAUUGAAGAUGUGACAAAUGUCAAACUCUGGGAGCUUGCACUAUACAAAUUGCGCUGCCUUGAACCAUUUUACAAUUUGAAUAUGUUUCAGGGUGUAAGCAAAGUUAUGGUUACUGCAUUCAUAAAUUUCAUCUGGAAUGAUGUGAAUCGAACACUAAAAAAUUGCCUCAUGAGCUGCUUAUUCAUUCCUGAUAUCAGAACCGGGAAGUUUCCAAAUGAAUUGUUGGAUCAUUGGAUUUCUUAUCGGUUGGCGGAUGGCUGCAAAGCUAUGGAUAACUUGAGAGAGCUUGUAGAUCGCUCUAUCUUACUUCAAUCAAAUGAUAAGCAUGUUCAGUUACCGGAAGACAGUUAUGCUAUUUUGCAUGCAUUGAACAACCUAACCCCUAUGUUUGUGAAAAAAUGUGGGUUAGGGUUGACUGAGCCACCAAAGGAUGAGCUCUGGCAUAAUGUUGUACACAUGGAACUUGCAAACAAUAAACUAUUUGAGCUACCUUCGUCUCCAAGCAGCCCUGAACUCAAAGUUUUAAUGUUGCAGGAAAAUGCUGAUUUAACGAGA